AUGGUUCGCUUUUCCUCUCUUGCCGUGAGCUUUCUAGGCGCUAUCGCUCCUUUAUCUUUUGCGUCUCCUGAUGCAACUUAUGAGCUUGAACAACGUCAAAAGUCUGGGACCGAAGUUCGUGUCAGAAUCGAAGGAAUCAACACAACUAUUUUUGAAGGCAUCGUCAAGACCAAUGGUCGCGAUGUAACGACCAAGAGUGGCGGUACUCACCAUUGUGACGGAACAAAUAAUAGUAUGAAUCCAGUCCCAGGCCCAACGUGUACAUCUGCCUUGGCCGACGUCGCCGCAUAUUCUGGGGUAAUUGUAUGGGAUGGUACAUGGGACUCAAAUUUUGAAGACUACUUUGUUACACGUAUUGGUGGAACUUCUCAAACAUCGUCGCAGUUCUGGGGUUUACUCCUGAAUUGGCAGUUUACUCCGGUCGGUGGUUGCCAACAGCAAGUUGCAGCAGGCGAUACUAUUCUCUGGGCAUUUGAUGCCUUUGGCAAGGCCUUCUUUUUGAAACUCGACGGACCAAGCACCGCAAAAGUUGGUGUGCCCGUUCAAGUGCGCGUAACCGAUGGCCCGUCUGAGCAGGCGAUCUCCGGCGCAAGUAUCGCCGGUUACCCGUCUUCGAUCUCGGACAGCAAUGGAUACACAACGGUGACUUUUACCAGUGCCGGCACGAAGAAAAUCAAGGCACAGAGGUCGGACUCCUUGCGUUCCAACGCACUGACGAUCACAGUAUCGGCGUAG